AUGGGUAACGGUCAGGGAAAGCCCGUCGACCUCAACGGCGAAGUUAGUCUCAACCACUUUCGCCUACUACGGGUCGUCGGCCGCGGUGCCUUUGGCAAGUAUAUCCGCAAAGAUGAAGUUGUCAAAUCCGAGAGUGUUCGCAAUAUCAUCCGGGAACGUCGCAUGCUCGAGCAUGUCAAUCAUCCUUUUAUUUGCAACUUGCGCUAUAGCUUCCAAGAUAUUGAAUACAUGUAUCUUAUUGUCGAUCUCAUGAGCGGCGGAGAUCUCCGCUUUCAUAUUUCGCGGAAGACUUUUACUGAAGAGGCAGUCCGCUUCUGGAUAGCUGAACUGGCCUGCGCUCUGCGGUAUAUCCACGCUAACAACAUCAUUCACCGCGAUGUCAAGCCGGACAAUGUUCUUCUCGAUGCAGAUGGCCAUGUGCAUUUGACGGAUUUUAAUGUCGCUUCUGAUGUUGUUCCCGGACGAGUACUGACCAGCAAGUCUGGCACCCUCGCUUAUCUCGCGCCCGAAGUGUACGCUGGCAAGGGUUACGAUGUGCGUGCGGAUUGGUGGUCGCUCGGCGUUCUCUUCUACGAAUGUAUUUACAACAAGCGUCCUUUCGACGGCACCUCCGAAUCAACCUUAAGCCAGCAGAUUCAGAGCCAGCAGCCAAGAUACCCUGUCACACAACCUCCGGUCUCACUUCCAUGCCUGUACGCCAUCGGCUCAGCGCUCGAUUCUAACCCGAACACUCGCCUCGGCCAUACCUGGGAACACUUCACUAGCCACGAGUUCUUCCGAGACAUCAACUUUGACCACCUCGAGCAAAAACGAAUCGAGCCCAUCUUCAUCCCCUCUUCUGAGAAAACGAACUUUGACGCUACGUAUGAUCUUGAGGAGCUGUUGCUGGAGGAAGCGCCCCUGGAGGCGCGAGCGAGACGGCAGAAGCCGCGUGAGCGUUUAAAGGAUGACGCCUCGCAGCAAGAAAUCCGAGAGGAUGAGCUUUAUCGUAUGAUUGAAACGGACUUUAGGCCGUUCGAUUAUACGAUUGCGGCUUACAAAAAAUACACCGAAGCUGCCACCGAGGCUGGAAUCCCCCAACAUCCGAGGCACCCGCCUCCGUUGCAGCCGGCUCAAGGAGAUGGGCCACGGGCCAUUACCACCGAUACUGCCGUGCCUGCACCUUCUGCUGGUGACGUCCGAUUGCUGCACACAUCUGGCAGCGACGAGGCGGCUUAUUCGAAGCCAGUCCGCAACGCUCCAGCGCCUCCCAACUAUCGAAGCGAAUACGUCUCUAGGCGCACUCCGUCUAAUAGCAACAGAGUAACAAGUCCCACCGGUGGUGUACAAGUCACGCUUGACGGUGGCGGCAGCUGGUCUGACCUUGCCCGUCAAGACGCGACACUGCCUAUUGAUGCCAACACGACGGCUGUCUCGAAGAGCGAGAGCUCUAGUAGCAUGUUUGGAUUUCUCAAGAGCAAGAAGGGUCGUAACCAUAGCCCCAAGCCCAAGGAACGGGGCGUUUUGGGCAAGGAGGGCGCUCGUGUAGUCAUCAGCUAG